ACUCAAGAACACCACAAGCAAAUCCCACGCCAAAUCGAAUCCCGCGACCUUUCACCACUCUAUCCGCCGUCCGUCGCGGCAAUGGCCCAAUACUACCCCCAACAACAAGGCUACGCCCCCCAAGGCUCCGCACAGAAUCUCCAGUUCUUCCCGUCGUCCUACUCCUCAGUCUCCGGCCACACAACCCCAUCACAAGCAUCCUAUGGCGGCGGCUUCGGUAGCGCUCCCAAUCCCUCAGCGCAGGCCUACCCCGCCGCUGCUGGUUAUGGCGGCUUUGGAUCUCCGGCUGCGGGCGUUAGUGGACGGAUGGGGGAACAGGGCGGCUUGAGGACGGGUUGGUUGGCUGCGUUUGGGACGGAGGGGUACGAUGGCGAGCCGCCAUUGCUUGAGGAAUUGGGUGUUAACUUCGAGCAUAUUCGCACGAAGACUUUGACCGUUCUGAACCCCUUCGCUUCAAUCGAUAACCAUCUCAUGGAUGACAGCGACCUCUACGGAGCCUUGCUCUACAUCGUCCUAUACGGAACCUUCCUCCUACUUUCGGGGAAGGUUUUCUACGGAUACAUCUACGGCGUCGCCGUCUUCGGCACCGUCGCCCUCCACCUCAUCCUCAGCCUCAUGUCUCCGGCCCUAGACACGGUCCCAGCUGCCAACGCCGCAGACCCUACAAACUACAACCCUCACCACAAGCCCUCCAUGUCCAACGCCUCAGCGGUCGGCCACUUCUCUGCUACUUUGACCUUCCCUCGCUCCGCUAGCGUUCUUGGCUACUGCUUCCUUCCGUUGGUGCUUACCAGCCUCAUUGGUAUUCUCAUUCCUAUGGAUACCCUGUUCGGCUAUCUCUUGACGACGGCUGCUGUUGGCUGGUGCACGUACAGUUCGUCGGGUAUGUUCUGUUCUGUAGCGCGCAUGAGUGGCAUGAGGGGCCUGGUGGCGUAUCCGUUGGCUUUGUUCUAUGUGGUUUUCGGUAUUAUGGGUAUUUUCUCUUCGCGCGGUACGGGUUCGUUGGCUGCUAAAACGGGUGCGGCAUGAAACGCAGGUAGAUUCGUAGGGGAUAUAUAAAUCCUCUCUACCGCCCUAUUGCUCUACUGCCCUGCGAAAUUAAAGUCUGUAGGUUAGUGGCUGCAAAGUCUAGGAUCUAGCUUGGCCCUGACUUUGCUUUUAAUCAUGAAUAUUAUGAAAUUCCAGC